GAGCGCCGCUGAUCGCUGCGCGACUAGCUAGUCACGUUUGAAGCAAUUGUGACAUCGGCGAGAACUGCCAUAACUCGCUCGCGGUGGCAAAACACGCCCAGCGGCAACGCAAUGGAGCCAUAUUCAGCAGGAGCCGCGGAGUCCCGUUUCGAACCGGCGGCGGCGCCUAACGGCAGCGGAGCCGGCCAGGAAGCUCCCCUGCCGCCGCCCGCACCCAUGGAAACCGUCGCGCCGGAAGCAGGCGCGGCGCCCGAAGCCGCGCCGCCGCCUCCGCCGGUUUCGAACGUGCCUGCGGCCAUGGACGUCUCCGCGCCGGCGCCGGAGCCCGCACCCGAGCCCAUGGAAGUCGAAGAGCCCGAGCGCGACGCACCGGAGCCGACCGUCGCGCCGGAAGAGGACGCGCCACCGGCGCCGUUCGCACCGCGCGAGGCGCCCGAGUCGGAGAUGCCCGCGCCGGCCGCGCCGGAGACGACGCCGCCGCCGGUGCAGGAGCCUGAGGCGGCCCCGCGGGACCCCUCGCCCGAGCCGGAACCCGCGCCGGAACGAGAGGCCGCGGCCGAGCCGAUGGCACCGCCCGCGCCGCCCGCGCCGGAGCCCGAGCCCGAGCCGGAGGCCCCCGCGCAAGAGCCGGAGGCGCGGCCGGUGGCCGCACGGAUGUCGUCCGAGGCCGAGGCGGCGGCCUUGCUCGAAGCCACGACGACGACCGUCGCGACCGCCGCCGCGGCCCUAGAGGCGGAAGCAGCAAAGCCCGACGAGCUCCAGCUGGAGAUCGAAGCAGCGAGAGCGAAGGCGCGGGCGGCGCAGGACGGCGCCGACGCGCCGCCGGCCGCCAAUGACGCCGACGCCGCGCCGGCGCCCGUCGUGAGCGAGAAGCCGCCCCUCACGGAGGACGCGCGAAGCCUGGUCGACCGGGCGGCCCCGAUAGAAGUCCUCCAGGACAACCCGAAGAAGGUCCGCGACGCAGCGUCUGUUUCUGAACUUCGCAUCGACGCCGUCGACGCGACCGCGAGAGAGUCGAUUCCGCACGCAGGGCGAGUCCGCCAAGCGCUUCCGCAAGUACAUGGCGGCCACAAACGCGGCAGAAUUCAUCCAGUUAGGUGGGACUCGCGCCGACCUCAAGUACGACAUCGCCCGGGGCUGGGUCACGGUCACAGAUCGCGCGCCGCCCCCAGCCCGCGAGAAGAAGGCCAAACAAGAACGGGGCGAGCUCGUCUUCGAGCAGAACAUCCCCAAGCUACGAAGCCAGGUGCCGCCUCCUACGAAAGACGACGAGGCCAUCGCGAGAGCCGCGCAGCUCGCCGAGGAAGAAGAACCCGAGCCCGAGGGCCCGAAGGAGCCCGCUGACUGGCGCACGAGCGGCCCCUUCGUGGGCCAGUGGAUCACUAGAAGUAUUCUAGACAGCUCCGGGCAAGUGACGUCCUUCAGCGUCGGCCAGGUCAAGGGCUACCUCAACAGCAAGGAGAGCGACUACCUCGACGCGAACGGGCGACCGACGGCGCUCUGGCGCGUCGAGUACGUCUCCGGCGAGCUCAAGGACGACGCGGAGGAUCUGGAGCGACACGAAGUUCUGCAGUCAGCGCCGAAGCCGUCGCGGCCCGAUCUCAGCAUGAGGGAGGUCGAAGCCCAGUCCAAGGCACGAGCUAGAGAAGGCGGCUCGUCCAAAGGGUCCAAGAAGAAGGAACGCGAACCCGCCCUAGAUUAUGUACCACCAGUAGAGUCCGAGUACGAGCGCCACCGGAGGGAGCGCAUCGCCGAGAACCAGCGGUUUCUCCAGUCGCUCGGUUUCGUUGGAGGUGAUGUGGGCAUACCCAAAGAGCAGAAAAAAACAAGAGGGCCCCGGAAAAAACGCGAGCCCCAAGCGCCGACUCGACGGUCGUCGCGCGCCACUCAUGAAGCGGGCCAGUACAACGAGAACAGACAGUAUCGAGAUGCGGUGCAACAAGUUCGGGAGGAGCAGCGCCUCGAGGCGCAACGAAGGCAAGAAAGACGCCUCGAGAAACGCAUGGCCCGAAAAAGUGAAGAAGAAGUGCAAAGGAUGCGCAAGCGCGUGGAGCGACUGACGCGCGCCGCGCGCGCCGCGGAGAAGGAGCUCGCGACUCGACAAAGUGAAGAUGGGUCGAAGCUGCGGCAGGUCGGGUCCAAGCCUUCUACCUUCUACGGCGGCGGGCCCGUCGACGAGCAGACCGGGAAGACGCUGGACCGGAAAUGGUGUUCUAGAAACGUGCAGGACGCGCCCCAGGUCGGCGACAUUGUGGUCUACUUCGCGCGGGGCCAUGAAGAAGCUUUGCAACUACGGCUAGAAAGGUCGGGCUUCGCGUGCGGGCCUAGUUGGUCUGAAGCUAGAACUCCAUCCUGGUUCCUGCAGCAGGGCGCGCCGGAAGUGCUGGAGUGUGUCGUGGCGGCCAUCGAACCGCGAUUUCCUGAUGAGUGGUUGAAGCGACGGCGGGAGGCGUUCCUCGCGUGCAUCGAAACGCUGGAGCAACAGGAGGACGCGCACUGGUUCCUGCAGCCCCUAGAUCACCAAGGGUUAGGCUUGUACGACUACCUCAAAGUAAUUAGGAGGCCGAUGGACCUGGCCUCGCUGAGGGAGGGCGUCGUCGGCGGCGCGUACGACAACGACGGCUUCGACGAGCGCAGCCGCCAGUUCGCCGACGACCUGAAGCUGCCCUUCGACAACGCCCUGUUGUAUAAUGAAGAUACGUCCGACGUCUCCAAUUCGGCUCGAGUGAUGCUCGCGAAGUGCGAAGAAUUGAUUGAAUCUCUCAGAUACGAGGAGCCGCAGGAACCGGAAGAACCUCUGCUGGAGUUGCCGCCGGCGAAGAAGCGGCGGUUUGCCGGAAGGUGGGCGGAAGACGAGGAAGCUUCAUUAAAAGAACUCGUGGCGGAGCUCGGCGACAAUGCGUGGGACCAGGUGGCCGAACGACUCGGCACCGGUAGGAGCGCUCGAGGCGCCGAGCAGCACUGGGAGGUCAUGCGGGGCACCCAUGCUUUUGCCCGGAAGCGGAAAGGCCCGCCUCCCAAAGCGCCGCCGAAACGGUCGCCCAAAAAAGAGCCAGAACCGGAGCCGGCGCGGACGCGGCGUCGUCAUUGACCUUGAACUUGAUCUGGUGGAGGCGAUGGCGUCUUCAUGAGUCCACGUCGCCUCGACGCCGUCGACGCGGCCGCCAGAGCGCCCAUGCGCCUCGUGAGAGAGUUGCGGCCGUGUCGCGACGGCGUCGUUCCCACACAGGAGCCCGAGCCCGAGCCCGAGCCCCCGGCGCCCGUCGAAGAAGUUAAGCCCUCCUUGCCUCCUUUGAAGAUGGAGCUCGUCGUUAGAUUAGUACCUUUGUACAUGGUGCAGGACACGCAAGCCGCGGGUAGUGAGAUCCCGGAGGCUAGUGGCGUCACGUGCAUCAGCUGGCAGACGUGGCGCGGCGGCAACCUGGUGGACCCCUUUUUUGUGUCUCUGUCGGGUGUGCCCCAGGAAGAUGCUUUUCUGCAGCAUAGGCAUCGCGUCCUUAGUACUACCAAGUUGUGGCGAGGGGUCGAGCAGUGGUCCUCCGUCUGCACGGCGGAUGAUCGCACACCUUAUAGAAUCGAGUCGUUGCGACGGGCGGAGAAGAAGUCCGCCUCCUAUUUACCUAGUUGGCGGGCCGCGAAGCUCCUCGAAUGCGGUUUACCUGAUGAUCCCCCGCCGCCUCCCUCGAAGUCCAAGGCCAAAAAACGAAAACUCACGAAGGGCAAGGGCAAGAAGCACGCUCCAUCUACACCUAAAGCUCCUGUCGUCAAGGAGGAGGACCCGCGACUUAUUGGAAUUAAUGUGUGGGAUCUGCGGGAGCUCAAUGCCGAUGAGGCAGCUCAAGCGAAGAAGCUCCACGAGCAACGGCCGGACGGCUACGAGAUCGAAGAGGUCCAGGAACGGACGACGCGGGGCAAGAAGCGGGAGUUGGACGAAGAGCCCGAGACGACGUAUGUGGAGAGGCCGCCGGAGCCUAGACCUGAUGAAGUAGAUUUACCUCUAGAACUAGAAGUACUGGACGAGGACAUGUCCAACGCCUUGAUUGAGGCGCUAGCGGCUGUUAGGUCCACAGAAAGCGGUUCUAGGUACUGGCGGAGCUGGUCCGACGACGGCGGCUACUCUUCCGAAGAGGACGAGGCGGGCAAUCAGAUUAAAAGGAGCGGUCCUGGGGUGCGCGCGAUGAGGCAAAAAAAGAGAGCUGAGGAGCUGCAGGAGAAGCGCCUCGCGAAGUUGCUGCCUCGGUGCCAGCGAGCUCCGGGAGCCUCGUGCCUGAAAGAUAUUCAGCGAUCAUUGAUGAAGAACGCCUAUCGACGCGUCGAGGCGGUCUUUGAUGAUGUGGCGCGCGUGUAUCGGGACUCGGCGCAAGCGGCCAAGGACGGGAAGGACCCCGAGUUGCUAUCGUCGGCUUUAUGUGUCCAGUUAUGUUUUGAAGUGAUGGAGGACGCCGCGACGUCUGUUGGGGCUGGUGCAGAGUGGAAACCUAAAACGAGAGAGCUGGCGAACCAGGCGGCGGCUCUCCGACCCCAGCCCUGGCAGAGCCACGUUCGACGCACUCAAAGCAUGAAAACAAAUACCGGAGUGAUGAUCCGCGAAAACGUCAAGCUCGGCGUGAAGGCGUCGAUCGCCAGGGACAAGUCGCGGCCGCUCCAGAACGCGUGUAUUGCCUCCGAGUUGCAUCUCGCGCUAGCUAUCUAUGUCGGCAAUGCGGCGGGGCCCUGUAAAGAGACGGCUGGAAGGGUAUUGGAUCUCUAUGGAGACUGGCACCUGGGCGCGGAUAGAAAAGAAGCCUCUGAUGUGGUGCAGAUGGUGCCCGUGAAGGGGGGCAAGAUCCAAGGUAGUCUGGUGGCGGCGGACGAGGAGGAGGUGCAGGAACGCAGGUUGCUCGUUGGUCGUAAAUUCAAGCGGCCGGGUCUAGCUCUGGACAUCGGCACGGUCCAAGACUAUGAUCGGGACGCGAAGAAGUACCGGGCGUCGUACGCCGACGGGGGCGAGGAAUUGAUUAGCAUCGCUGAUGUGACGUCCGGGUUGUUGGCGUUUUUGCCUGCUUCGAAUAUGGCGGCGCUCGACGCGGCGGCGGCGGCGCGGGCUGUAGCGGCUGAUGAGGCCAUGGCGGACGCGGAGUCCACGAAGGAACUGAAUGAGGAGGGCGCCAAGGUGACGACCGUCGCGACGUCGCCGCACGCGACGGCCGCGCCGCCGGCCGAGCCCUCGCAACCGGUCGAGCUGCCGGACCAGCGCGCGGUGCUCUUCCCCGAGCUCGUCGGGGCGCCGGCGCCGGCCGCGGCGCCCAUGGACACGGCGCCCGACGCGCCGCCGGCGACUCCUGACGCGGUGCCUGCUGCCACCGACGCCGUCGCGGACGCGGGCGCCGCGGGUGCCUCCGAGGCGCCGCCGGCCGCCCCGGACGAGGUGAGCGCGGACGCGCCGGCAUCCCCCCGAAGCGGUAAGCCGGCCGAGGCGCUAGCAGAAAGUGGGAGGAGGCCGACGGAGGCGUCGCCGGCGAAGACGCGCGGCGCGACCGCCGAGCCGGAGCCGGAGCCACCGGCGCCGCCGAAAGUCCGCGAGCACGACGCCCACGUGACCAUAAGAUGCGGCGGCACGAAGCUCUGGUGCGCGCGCGACGCGCGGGACCUGCUGAAAGCGCUCGCGGCGUUCAACAAGGGCGCGCCCAAAGAGAAGAAGACGAAGUUGAAAGCAGUGCGGAAGUCCAGGAGGCGCUCAUGAUUGUUUUAUCCAUCUCAGGUUCCGCAAAGAGCGCAAGAUCAAGUCGGGCCCGACGAAGACGUGUAGUGCCUGCGGCGCGCAAUCGCAUACCCGGUGCUCGGCGUGCUCGAAGUGCGGGAAGCCGUUCGGGCUGGGGAGCGACCGCCGGGGGACCGGGUAAAGUUACUUACACUUAUCAAACAAGGGGU